AUGGUAAUUGAAGAAGUACUCAUUAAUGUGCAGGUAUUCUGCCAUGGUACUAAAAACAGUCUGAAUUCAGUUAGACUCAGCUCUAGUAUUUUCGGGUCUUCUGUUUCCCCAUUAGAAGUACCCUCUUCGCAGAUAUCUAGCAGCAGAAGCCUUCAGCUUGUGAAAGCCACAGCCACUGAGGCUCCUCCAGCUGUUCCAAGAUCAUCGAGUGGUGGGAAGACAAAGAUUGGCAUAAAUGGUUUUGGUCGCAUUGGGAGGUUGGUCUUGCGCAUAGCCACCACUAGGGAUGAUGUUGAAGUUGUAGCAGUUAAUGAUCCAUUUAUUAAUUCUAAAUACAUGGCAUACAUGUUGAAGUAUGAUUCCACUCAUGGAAUAUUCAACGGAACCAUUAAGGUUGUGGAUGAGUCCACAUUGGAAAUAAAUGGGAAGAAUAUUGUGGUUACAAGCAAGAGGGAUCCAGCAGAAAUUCCUUGGGGUAAUUUUGGUGCAGAUUAUGUAGUUGAAUCUUCAGGGGUUUUUACAACUGUGGAUAAGGCAUCAGCUCACUUGAAGGGUGGUGCAAAGAAGGUGGUCAUAUCAGCUCCAUCGGCUGAUGCUCCAAUGUUUGUUGUUGGAGUUAAUGAGAAUAAGUAUCAACCUAACAUGAAUGUUGUUUCAAAUGCAAGUUGUACAACUAAUUGUCUUGCUCCUCUAGCCAAGGUAGUCCAUGAGGAAUUUGGUAUCGUUGAAGGUCUUAUGACAACAGUCCAUGCAACAACAGCAACCCAGAAGACUGUUGAUGGUCCCUCAAUGAAAGACUGGAGAGGUGGCCGUGGGGCUAGUCAAAAUAUUAUUCCCAGCUCAACUGGUGCAGCGAAGGCUGUUGGCAAAGUUCUACCAGAAUUAAAUGGGAAACUUACAGGGAUGGCUUUCCGUGUUCCUACACCUAAUGUUUCUGUUGUUGACUUAACUUGUCGACUUGAGAAAAGUGCUUCUUAUGAUGAUGUUAAGGCAGCUAUCAAAUUUGCAUCAGAAGGGCCACUGCUAGGCAUACUUGGCUACACUGAUGAAGAUGUAGUUUCUAAUGAUUUUGUUGGUGAUUCAAGGUCAAGCAUCUUCGACGCAAAGGCUGGCAUUGGAUUGAGUGCUUCCUUUAUGAAGCUCGUCUCUUGGUAUGAUAACGAAUGGGGCUACAGCAACCGAGUCUUGGACCUGAUCGAGCACAUGGCCUUGGUUACCGCCACACGCUAAUUUGACCUCACGAGAGCAGGCAUUUGCUGGUUGAGGGUCAAAAUUUUUUUUUUCUUUGGCAAUAAUUUUUGAUGGGGUUGCCUUGUUAGACAAUUUUCCGGACUGAAAUAAAACAUAGCAGAUGAGAUCUAAUGCAGUAGCUAUAAAAUUUGUCAGAGCAAGAACAGGAAAAAUUUUAUUCAUGUGAAACAGUUGUAGUUUCUUCAAUGGGAUGGAGGUUACUUUGUGGUGAGCAGCAUUAUAAUGUGGGUCCAGCUGAUUCCUAGGCUCCAUUCAGCUGCUAUAAUUUGUAUGAGCGAGAAUAUAAAAUCUAAUCAUAUGAAACAGCUGUAAGGUCCA